UGCAGCGCUGGUUUCAAGUGGUGUGUGAGGAAGAAACCGUAAAGGAGACAUGAAGGCGACAAUCAAGGAUGGCAUUGUGUACUCUCCGCAUCCGAAAGUUGACAUACCGGUGUGCUCCGUGUACACAGCCUUGCAGGAAUUUCUAACGGCCUCGCCUGAACGAGUAGCACUGGUGGACGAGAAGGUGCGUCUGACACGAGGGGAGUUCUUUUCUCAGUUGCGGAGGUACGCUGCAGGCUUCCAGGCACAUGGCAUUGGGCUUGGAGACCGUGUCUGCGUUCAUCUUGACAACAGUGUCGAGAACAUGGUUGCCCUGUUCAGUAUCACCUUUACGGGAGCGUCGGUGUUGCUUUCACAUCCAGUCCUCAACGAAAGUGAGCCUACCGCUUGCUAUGAGACCAACCACGCAGAUGCAACUCACAUUUUGACCACUCCACAGUACGCAAGUAAAGUCACGGCCGUGAAAGAGAAAACAAAUCUUAAGGGCUUGUUCAUAAUUGGCGACUCCAUUCCUGGCUUUGUGUCUGUGUCCGCUUUCGUUGACCUUGAUGACGAUGACUUCAAAGAGGUGCACAUUGAAGACCCUAAGGGGACCACGCUUGCUGUCUUUUACUCGUCUGGGACGACGGGUCACGCCAAAGGAAUGGAGAUAUCGCAUUACAGCUUGGUGGCAAACAUGCACUUGACAAAGGUCCUGGUCAGCUACCAGCCUGAAGAUGUCCUCCUCGCCUGGUAUCCAAUAACAUAUGCGUCGGGUUUUAUGUUUAUCCCAGUAGCUGCUUGCGCAGGAGCCACAUGCGUCAUAGUACAACCCGGACUGACAUUCGAACAAUUCGUGUAUUACGUCAACAAGUACAAGGUGACAACAUUAGCAUCAGUUCCCACACGGCUGCGCUUUUACUUGGCAGACAUGGUACGGACUGGAACGAAGCUACCUUCCAUCAAGACAAUCAAUGUGGGUGGAACAGUUCUAACAGAAACAUUUGCCAGGAAGAUACUCGCUGCCUUUGAGGGCGUACGCUCUCUGCGGAACCAUUAUGGCAUGUCUGAAUCCUGCGGUGUUUUGUGCUCGCCCCCAAAGGGGGAAAUUUCAUCAGGAAACGUCGGCUUUCCAGCACCUAUGGUUGAGCUCAAGUUUGUCAACCUGGAUACAGGCAAAAAAGUGGGACCCAGGCAAUACGGCGAGCUCUACUUUCGUAUCCCAAGUGUCAUGAAGGGCUACUACAAAAAUUCAGAGCUGGUUAAGGAGUUUAUGGAUGAUGACGGAUGGUGCAGGUCAGGGGACAUCAUGUACUACGAUGAAGAAGGCCGCGUGUACUUCGUGGACCGCGUGAAGGACAUGAUUAAGUGCCUAGACCAGCAGGUGUCGUCCAUGGAACUUGAAGGCUUGCUGCAGAGCCACCCCAGUGUGGCCGAUGCCGCCGUAGUAGGAGUACCGAAAACAAAGUACGGCGAUGCUCCGACUGCUUUCGUCGUUUUGCGAGAUCCGAAAUUCGCCUCACCCGAAAUAGCAGCUGAACUCAAGGACCAUGUCGCAUGCAAAACUGAAAAAUUCAAGCAUCUCUAUGGAGGCCUGCUGUUUGUAGACCACUUGCCAAGGAACUCAAACGGCAAAGUCCUCAAGCAUCAACUAAAGCUAAUGUAUGAGAAGUCCAAAGUGUACUAAUAACCCUUUGAUAGCCUCAUCAAUUAAAUAUAAAAAAGAAACGUG